UUGCAGUGAAGGGGGGUUAGAGAAAAUACUCUGUGUUUGACAUAUUCUCAGGAUGGAUUUAUUUUGAAGUUUUCACCCCAGUUGCUGAUUCACUUGUAGAAGUCUUCCUGGUUGUACCUGUGUGUAAUCAAAAUGUGUUAAGGGCUGAGUGAUCAGGAUGGCCUCGGCGGGGCAAGAGAAGCAGUACCCUCCUUCGCUGCUAAGUUUUUUCAUCUAUAACCCUAAAUUUGGCCCAAAAGAAGGCGAGGAAGAAAAAAAGAUUCUCUUUUACCAUCCAAACGAAGUAGAAAAGAAUGAAAAAAUUAAGAAUGUCGGCCUUUGUGAAGCAAUAGUGCAGUUUACAAGAACAUUUAACCCACUGAAGCCGGCGAAAUCUUUACACACACAGAAAAACAGGCAGUUUUUUCAUGAGCCAGAAGAAGGAUUUUGGAUGGUUAUGGUGGUGAAAAAUCCAGCUAUUGAAAAAAAAGGCAGCGCUAACACAACCGUUACAGAAUUUCAGGAAGAUGAGCUGUUGGACAAGGUGUAUUCAUCAGUGCUGCAGCAGUGCUAUAGAAUGUAUAAGCUCUUUAAUGGCACAUUUACCCGGGCAAUGGAGUCUGGGGGUGUACAACUACUAAAAGAUAGGCUUGAGAAAUUCUUUCACCGGUAUUUACAGACAUUACAUUUGCAGUCAUGUGACCUGCUUGACGUGUUUGGCGGCAUUAGCUUUUUUCCUUUGGAUAAAAUGACGUAUUUAAAAAUCCAGUCUUUUAUCAACCGGGUGGAAGAGAGUCUGAGCAUUGUGAAGUACACUGCGUUUCUAUACAAUGACCAGCUCAUCUGGAGCGGCUUAGAACAAGAAGAUAUGAGAAUUUUGUAUAAAUACCUCACCACAUCUCUCUUUCCAAGGCACAUUGAGCCUGAGUUAGCAGGCAGAGAUUCUCCGAUACGCCCAGAAAUGCCUGGGAAUUUGCAGCACUAUGGAAGAUUCCUAACAGGGCCGUUAAACCUCAGUGAUCCGGAAGCUAAGUUUAGAUUUCCAAAAAUCUUUGUAAAUACGGAGGACUCAUAUGAGGAGCUGCACCUGGUAGUGUAUAAGGCAAUGAGUGCUUCUGUGUGCUUUAUGAUAGAUGCGUCUAGGCAGCUAACGCCAGAUUUCUGUCGGAAGUUAGACGGUCUUGUUGGGCCUCAGCUUACAGUAUUAGCUUCGGAUAUUUGUGAACAGUUUAAUAUCAACAGAAGGAUAUCAGGGUCUGAGAAAGAUCCCCAAUUUAAAUUUAUUUAUUUUAAUCAUAUGAACCUAGCGGAGAAAAGUACAAUUCACCUGCGGAAGACACCAAGUAUCUCCCUUACAUCCGUACAGCCGGAUCUAAUGAAGAUCCUGGGGGACAUUAAUAGCGAUUUUACGAGGGCGGAUGAAGACGAGGAGAUCAUAGUCAAGGCUAUGAGCGACUACUGGGUUGUAGGAAAAAAGUCUGACCAACGGGAGCUGUAUGUUAUCUUGAAUCAGAAAAACUCCAAUCUAAUUGAAGUAAAUGAUGAGAUCAAGAAGCUCUGUGCGACGCAGUUUAAUAACAUAUUUUUCCUGGAUUAACCUGUCGGGAUACAAAUUAGAAAUGUCUUCAAAAUGGCCCAGAGCAGCCUUUUUGUUUAACAUGGCGAGAAUAUCAGUCAUAUUAUUGACUGGAGUGUAGACUGUUGUAAGGCAAUACUUGCCUUGUAAGAAUGUCAUUUCUACCUAUAAGAACAAUUAUCAGACCGUUUUUAGAUUUUAAAUAUUUAUCUGAACUUCAGAAUGUUCACCUUAAGCAACUGUACCAUUCCAUUUCUGUCCUGUUAAUAUUCGAUUGGAAAAUAAAAUUCGCUAAUCAUUGUUAUACUUUUAA